AUGAAAAAGCCCUUGCUACUGUUGACAAAGACCAAGACUAAGACCAACUCAAAGGACACGGUUGUUGGGUUUCAGUCUUGGACUGACACAGAAAAUUUUGCUAUAAAAUAUGUUGUUUAUGAAUCACAGGCAUCUCAGAGCACAACAAUGGCCUCAAUUUCUCUUCAUUACUAUUGUGUCCUUCUAUUUCUUCCUUUGAUUUUGUCUGUGUCUAGCAUUAACACUAAUUCCAAAUGUAGUGUAAACUUAAAUUCCUCCCUCACCAACGACACAUUUACAUGGAAUUCAGCAUCAGGGGAAUUCACCUUUGGUUUCCAGAGUGUUUUAUUUGAUGACAAGGAGUUCAUGCUUGUACUUGCUGUUUGGUUUUCCAAUGACCCAAACCAUACCAUAGUAUGGUAUGCAAAAAAUACAAACCAAAACCCUUCAUUUCCUCUUGGUUCCACAGUGAACUUGACAAACAAAGGACUUGUUGUAUAUGACCCAAAAGGCCAUAACACCUGGCAUCGUCCAGAAAAAGACAAUAAUGUAAUAGUGUCAUGUGCUUCUAUGUUAGACAACGGAAGUUUUGUGCUUUUUGACAAGGAUGGCAAGUUGAUUUGGGAAAGCUUUGAAGAGCCCACUGAUACUAUUCUUCCAGGCCAAAAUCUUGCUAAUCACCCGAGUUUCAAAGCCCGUCAAUCUGACACAAGUUUUUAUGAUGGAAGUUUUGAGCUCAAUUGGCAACGUGAUGGCAAUUUGGUUCUUUACUAUGCACCACAAUCAAGUGAUCAAACCACUCAGGCUCCCACACUUGAAGCUUAUUGGUCCACUGGAACAUACAUAACAGAUUCACAAUUGAUCUUUGAUGAGGUUGGACAAAUGUACAUAAAAAGUGACACGAGUGAAGUACUAGUCACAAGUGGUGGAUCAAAGGAGUUCAUGUACAUGGCUAGAAUUGACCCUGAUGGAGUUUUCAGAUUCUAUUAUCACAGGAAAACUGAGAAUGUGAUUGCUGGAAGUUGUAGGUCAGGGUGGUGGAGUGAGUUGCAACGGUAUCCACAAGAUAUUUGCCUUGCCUUCACCAAGCAAACGGGAAAUAUUAUUUGUGGUUUCAAUAGCUAUUGUGUUACCAUCAAUGGGAAGACCAAUUGUGAGUGCCCUGAACAAUAUUCUCCUUUUAAACAUGACAAUCUCACAGGUUGUAGACCAGAUUUUCCACUACCCAAUUGCAACCAAGAGGGGUGGGAGCAGAAUACAGAUCUUGUUGAUUUCAAGGAGUAUAAAAAUUUGGAUUGGCCUCUAUCUGAUUAUGACAUGCUAACUGGUCCUGCAAUGGAUAAGGAUAUGUGUAGACAAAAAUGCCUUGAAGAUUGCUUCUGUGCAGUAGCCAUAUAUGAUGUGGGAAGAUGUUGGAAGAAGAAAUAUCCUUUGAGUAAUGGAAGGAAACACCCUAAUGUCACUAGGAUAGCUCUUGUCAAGGUACCUAAAACAAGUUUGAACAAGGUUGUGAAAAGAAAAUCUACUCUAGUGCUUGUUAUAUCAAUACUACUUGGGAGCUCUGUCUUCCUCAAUGUCCUUUUGUUUGUUGCUUUGUUUGCAGCUCUUUUAUUUUUCUACCACAAGAAGCUUUUGAAUCCAAACUUGUCAACUGGAACAACGAGGUGCUUUACUUACAAGGAGCUUGAAGAAGCAACCACAGGCUUCAAACAAAUCUUGGGUCGAGGUGCUUUUGGAACGGUAUAUAAAGGGGUCUUAACAUCAUAUACAAGUAGAUAUGUUGCUGUUAAAAGGCUUGAUAAGGUGGUGCAAGAAGGUGAAAAGGAAUUCAAAACAGAAGUGAGUGUGAUUGGCCAAACCCACCACAGGAAUUUGGUUCGUUUAUUUGGUUAUUGUGAUGAAGGGGACCAUCGGCUUCUAGUCUAUGAGUACAUGAGUAAUGGAUCACUAGCAAGAUUUCUCUUUGGGAUUUCAAGGCCUCAUUGGAAUCAAAGAGUGCAAAUUGCUUUGGGAAUUGCAAGGGGUCUCACAUAUUUGCAUGAAGAGUGCAGCACCCAAAUCAUUCACUGUGACAUAAAGCCUCAAAACAUAUUGCUAGAUGAUUUGUUCACGCCUAGGAUUUCUGAUUUUGGGUUAGCAAAGUUGUUGUUGGCUGAGCAAACUCAAGCUGCUAAGACAGGUUUAAGAGGAACAAUUGGCUAUUUUGCACCUGAAUGGUUUAGGAAAGGUUCGAUCACAACUAAAGUAGAUGUUUACAGUUUUGGAGUGAUGUUGUUAGAGAUCAUAUGUUGCAAAUCAAGUGUUGACUCUGCAAUGGCAAACGAAGAAGAGGUGCUCAUAGAUUGGGCAUAUCAUUGUUAUAGCCAAGGAAAUGUGGUUAAAUUGGUAGAAAAUGAUGAGGAGGCAAAGAGUGACAUAAAGAGGGUGGAAAAGCAUGUGAUGGUGGCAAUUUGGUGUAUUCAAGAGGAUCCUUCACUAAGACCCUCCAUGAAGAAGGUCACCCAAAUGCUAGAGGACGUUAUCACAAUUUCUGUGCCACCUCGUCCUUCCAUGUUCAGUUCAUCAUCGUUUAGAACUUCAUUUACCUAGUAGCAGUUGAGCAUUUUCUAUUAUUUUAGUUCUUAGUUGUAUUUAUUUAUUUAUGUAGUCUAUCUAUGAAUAAU